AUGGGCGCCAGAAUUCUUUGUGUUGCCGAGAAACCAGCCAUUGCCAAAGCAGUUGCUCAACACUUGUCUGGUGGCGCGUUACGAACGGCAUCGAUUCGUGGCAAUCAGUACGUGAAGAAUUAUGAAUUUCAGUUCGCAUUUGGCCCUCCAUGGGGUAACUCCAGUGUGACUAUGACGAGUGUCAUUGGCCAUUUGACGGCAUUGGACUUUGAAUCACAAUGGAGACACUGGCAAUCUUGCCCCCCCGGGCAACUUUUUGAUGCACCGGUGGCUGAGGACGUAGAUAAAGACAAUCUCGGCAUUGCUGAAAAUAUUCGGAACAAAGCUAGACAAGCAGAUGUUCUGUUCAUCUGGACUGAUUGUGAUCGCGAGGGAGAGCACAUUGGCUCAGAAGUGCGAAACCAGGCAGUGCGAGUCUUGCUAGACGAACGUCAAGCCCACGCAGUUGCCGCUAGAAUUGAACUGGACCUUAGGAUCGGCGCAGCCUUCACCAGACUUUUGACGCUUCAAUUGGGAGCUUUGGGAGGGGCUCUCGCAGAGCGUCUAAUCAGCUACGCUUUAGGCUCUUGUCAAUUUCCGACGUUGGGAUUCGUCGUAGACAGGUACUUUCGCGUUAAGAAUUUCAAACCUGAGCCAUUUUGGUCGAUCAAAGUAUCACACACGCGAGACCGCAAAACCGUGAAUUUCAACUGGAGUCGAGGUCACCUAUUCGAUAGAGCCGCAGUGGUAGUAUUGUUUGAAAGAUGUUUAGCUGCCAAAACAGCAAAGGUCACGAGGGUUAACAAAAAGCCUACGAAAAAGUGGCGCCCGCUACCAUUGACGACUGUAGAUUUGCAAAUGAUGGGAACGAAAUUCCUGCGAAUGGACAGUCAAAAAGUCAUGAAAGUUGCAGAGUCCCUUUAUACUAAAGGUUUUAUAAGUUACCCUCGAACAGAAACAGAUCAAUUUGACAAAGGAAUAGACUUAAAGAAAUUGGUGGAGAAGCAGGUUCAAGACGGGGCAUGGGGUCCAUAUGCCCAAGGACUAAUGGAUGGUGCGUUUAAGCAACCACGCUCGGGUCGCCAUAAUGACAAAGCUCAUCCUCCAAUCCACCCUGUGACCUAUGUCGCAUCCUCUGUACUUACUGCUGACGAACGACGGGUCUACGAGUUUGUUGUUCGCCGAUUUCUUGCUUGCUGCUCCGAAGAUGCCAAGGGCGAGACAACAGAGGUUGAUAUCCAGUAUGGAGACGAGAAGUUCCAUGCACAGGGACUAGUGGUUCUAGAACGGAACUAUCUAGACGUAUACGUAUACGAUAAAUGGGAGAGCAGCCAGGAACUCCCAAAAUUCACCGUCGGUGAAGAGUUCGAGCCGAAAGAGGCCAUCAUCAACGAAGGCAAGACCGUUGCUCCGAACUAUCUCACCGAACCGGAGCUUAUCGGCCUCAUGGAUGCCAACGGGAUUGGCACCGAUGCUACCAUGGCGGAUCACAUCGCCAAAAUCAAAGAGCGGGAAUAUGCAGCCACAAGGCGCCGCGGCGGGAGCGGCAGGAAUUCUGUUGAUGAGUUCAUCCCGACGAAGCUUGGUGUUGCGCUGGUUGAGGGCUAUGAUGAUUUAGUGCUCGAUCUAGCCGAUUGCCCUAGUCUUUGCAAGCCGUUUCUACGGAAGGAGAUGGAAUUGCGUAUGCGAGAUAUAUGUGCGGGAACUAGAACGAAGAGGCAAGUUCAACUGUUGAAUGCCGCAUUUUUCGAUUACUUUGUUAUAAGCGAGUUUAUAACUCCAUGA